CAGAACGCAGCCAGUGCACUUCUCAUUCCCGCAGAUGAAACCGCGAGUGCAUCACUGUAUCUCUCCAUACACUUCUCAUGAGUGCGGACCCACCCCUGACGAGUGCAAAAGACAAUCAACAUGACGAAGACAUUUGAGACGGCGCCUCUCUCUGCGCCAGUGGCAGUUGAGCUCCCUGAAGCAGUGGAAUUCCUGGGCGAGAGCCAAUGGAAGGUCCUUAUGGCGCUGAUGGACGCGGUCAUCCCCGCCGUUCGGAUCCAAGACUCAACAAAAGCGACCCAGGACCAUGAUAUUUCAGCCAUCCACCUCCCCAGCGCCCAGUACUCGGAGGUUGCCACCAAGCUACGGAAUGCAGCUCCGCCUCUCCGUUCGUCCGACGUUCUCGAGGCCUACCUCGCCGAGCGCCCUUCCGACAACCCCGUCUUCACCCAGGUCCUCAAAUGCGUCCUCACCAAUGUGCCGCCCGACAAACAGCGGGCCAUGCGCGUCCUCCUCUCCAUCCUGAGCACCCGACCAGGCAGCUUCCUCCUCACGUCCUACGCCACUCCACUUCCCUCGCUCUCCAUUUCCGACCGCAUCAGGAUCCUCCAGAACUGGUCCAACGCCUCGCUCUGGACCUUCCGAGCCCUCUUCAAAAGCAUCACCGCCCUUGCCAAGCUCGCCCACAUCCGCAGCAGCACCACCUUCGCUCCACUCACGGGCUUCCCCUCCAUCCCGGCCUCUUGGGUCGCCGGCUCGACCUCUUAUCCCUUCGAGUUUCUCCAAUUCCACCCCUCCACCACCAACCCACAAUUCUCAGUCGAAGUAACGACCGACGUCGUUAUCGUCGGAUCGGGCUGCGGCGCCGGCGUCGUCGCGAACCGCCUCGCCUCGGAGUUCGGCCCGUCGCUCAACAUCCUUGUCCUUGAAAAGGGCCUGCACUUUGACGCGCGCCACUUCCCGCUGUCGCAGACCGCCGGCCUGUCGACUCUGUUCGAGGCCGGCGGCGCGAUCGAGUCGGAUGACAACUCGAUGACCGUCACGGCCGGGUCGUGUUUCGGCGGAGGUGGAACCGUGAACUGGAGCGCGUCGCUGCGGACGCAGGAUUUUGUGAGGCGCGAGUGGGCGCAGGAGGGCGGGCUGCCGUUCUUUGAGAGUGACGAGUUUCAGGGAUGCUUGGAUAGGGUGUGCGAGAUCAUGGGAGUUAAUGGGGAGGUGGUGAGGCCGAAUCAUGCGAACCGGGUAUUGUUGGAGGGCUCCAAGCAAUUGGGCUACCAGGCGUCCAUUGUGCCGCAAAACUGCCGCGGGGAGAGGCAUGAUUGUGGGUAUUGUACGCUGGGGUGCUGGAAGGGGGAGAAGAUGGGACCUGUGAAUGGGUGGUUCCCAGAGGCCGCGAAACAGGGGGCUAAGUUCGUGGAGGGUAUGAAGGUGGAGAGGGUGAUUUUGGAGGAAAAAGAGGGGAAGAAGGUGGCAAAGGGGGUCAGAGGUGUGUGGACGGCUAGAGACGGCGCCAAGGUGGAGGUGGUGGUGAGAGCGAAGAAGGUUGUUGUCAGUUGCGGCACACUUUGGAGCCCCAUCGUGCUGCUCAACAGCGGGAUUAAGAACCCCCAUAUCGGCAAGAAUUUGCACCUGCAUCCCGUCAAUUUCGUGUCCGGCGUCUUCGACUACGACGUCCAACCGUGGGAGGGAGGCAUCCUCACCUCUGUCGUCACCUCGUUUGAAAACCUCGACUCCAAGGGCCACGGGGUCAAACUCGAAGCCAUGCCGAUGAUGCCCACCAUGUGCCUCCCUUACGUUCAAUGGACCUCCGGCAUCGACUUCAAGCUCCUCGCCGCCAAAUACCGCCACACCAACAGCUUCAUCUCUAUCUGCCGCGACCGCGACUCCGGCCACAUCUACAGCGACCCGGUCACGGGCCGCCCCCGCAUAGCCUACACGCCCUCCGACUUUGACCGCGCCCACAUCCUGCACGGCGUGGUCGAGCUCUGCAAAAUUCUGUACGCCCGCAACGCGAGGGAGAUCCAUCCAUCGAUCGCUGGCUUCCCGCCCUUCAUCAGACAUGGGGACUACAAGACCGCGGACCAGGAGAAGAUGGACUUUGACAAGUGGUUGAAUAAGCUCCAGACGCACGGGAACAAGCCGCCUGUCACGCCGUUUGCGUCAGCGCAUCAGAUGGGCACCUGCAGGAUGAGCGCCGAACCCAAGAACGGGGUCGUUGAUCCCAAGGGACAUGUCUGGGGUACCGAGGGACUGUAUAUCGCGGACGCAAGCGUGUUUCCCAGCGCUAGCGGUGUGAAUCCCAUGGUCACUACCAUGGCGAUUGCGGAUUGGAUUGGCAAGGGGUUGUGUGAGGAUCUGAGGCGAGAGGGUGUCAAUGCGAAGCUGUAGUAGGCCGGGGCGCAUUGCACUGGUACCACUGAAUCAGGGGGAGUUGUGGUGAUAUCCGGAUAAGUGUACUGGGUGAAUUGUUUCUAUAGGCCUGAACAGUUUUAGUUUAUAGUGUUAUUUUGGGCAGGUUCCUCGGACUUUACCAUAUCGUAAACGCAUUCAAUUUCGAG